UUUUUAUGCCGCUCCACUUCCAUCUCUAAAGUCCAGCUGCGUCGUUGAAAAUAUGUGCUAGCAUCGUUUUUUAUUGUUUUAUUUUGCACAAAAUAGCAAUUAGAUUAGUGUAAACCGAUUAGAGAGAGCUGCACACGUAUAGCUGGCAUCAAAAUGAACAUAUACAACAAAUUACGCAGCCGAGAGCAUGGCUUCUCGAACGAGCAGACCUACGACUUUGCCCUGCGUCGCCUGUGCGUGGCCAAGGAGGACAGCUGGCGGGGCAUUGCGCCCGCGAAUUAUUGUCCGGACUUCAACCCGGAGCCGCCCAUAUUCUCGGCAAAGUUUGCCAACUGCAAUGGCUACAGGCACAUACUGGCCAUUGCCAACGAGGAUGGCAAGAUAACGCUGCAGGACACCACACAGCGCAACCAGGAGCCGGAGGAGCAGUCCCUGCCUGGCCCCCAGUGCCAUUACAAUGCAGUUUUCGAUCUGGAAUGGGCCCCAGGCCAGAUGCGCUUUGUGUCCGCCUCUGGGGAUCACACAGCGCGGCUGUGGGAGGUGGCUGGCUCUGGCAUACGCGGCCUCAACUCGUACAUUGGCCACACGCGAUCCGUGAAGUCGGCGGCGUUUAAGCGCACGGAUCCCGCGGUGUUUGCCACGGGCGGACGGGACGGCGCCAUUCUCAUCUGGGACAUACGCGCCAACCUCAACAUGGAUCUGACGUCGCGCGUGGACAACUGCAUCUACAGCGGACACACAGGGGGACCGGGCACGCCCGUCUCGCAGCGCAAGCAGCGCUCCCGCACGCCCAAGAUGUCCGCCAGUGCCACGUCGAGCAGCAUCACGGGAUUGGCCUUCCAGGAUGACAACACGCUGAUAUCCUGCGGCGCUGGCGAUGGCAUCAUCAAGGUGUGGGAUCUGCGACGUAACUACACGGCGUACCGGAAGGAGCCGCUGCCCAGGCACAAGCUGCCCUACGCCGGAAACUCCACCUUUCGGGGGUUCACGAACCUCAUUGUGGAUGCGGCGGGCACGCGCCUCUACGCCAACUGCAUGGACAACACAAUUUACUGCUACAAUCUCGUCUCGUACUCCCCCAAGCCACUGGCCUGCUACAAGGGUCUCCUCAACUCAACUUUCUACAUCAAAUCCUGCCUCAGUCCGGACGGGAAAUAUCUGCUAAGCGGCAGCAGCGAUGAGCGCGCGUACAUCUGGAACUUGGAGCACGCAGACGAACCGCUGGUCGCUCUCUCGGGCCACACGGUGGAGGUUACGUGCGUGGCCUGGGGCUCCUCCCACGACUGUCCCAUUGUCACGUGCAGCGACGAUGCGCGGCACAAGAUUUGGCGCAUGGGACCCGACCUGGAGGGCCUCAGCGAGGCUGAGCGCGCGGAGCGGUAUCGCGGCCAUGCCAGCUAUGUGCGGCAGUUCAGCAAAAAGUCCACGGCUCCUGCCACCGGCAACCACAAGUACAAUCUGCGGGAUCUGGAGUCGACGCCGCGCUCGCUGAAGCGACUGAUGGAUCAGAAUGAGCGCACGCCCAGCUCUGUGGAGAAGGUGGCCAUGAAGCGUUCGUUUCUGGACAUGCUGGGGGUGGCCAGCAGCGAGACGGAUGCCGCCGAGCAGCAGCCGCACAAGCGGGCCAAGCCGCUGGAGUCGCGCGGCAGACCUUUUGGCCCCGCCAGCCAGGAGCCUGCCAGCAGCUGCCGGCACAUUCAUCUGGCGACGAUUGGCGAGGAGGAGGCCUGCUGUUCGCCCAGCAAAAAGCAGAAGGAAAACGCCACCGAAGACAGUUCCCCGGUGGCCGCCAAGCUGCUGAGUCUGAACUCCUCGCCAGUUGGCUCGCCGCUCAGCGAGAAUGUGAAUCACAUUUACGCCUCACCACCCACCAGCGCGGCGGCGGCGGCUGCUGCUGCCUCCGAGGGUGCUGCAGCACUGUCCUCUGUGAUCUACUCGCCCACCUCGAACCUGCCCAACUACGUGCUGGAUGGCGAGGCGCCGCAUCUGGCCGCUAUGUCCCCCAAGCGCAAGGCCAAGGACAAGGUCGAUUGGCUGACAAACAUCCGCAAGCAGAAGCUGAUGAGCGGCCGUGCGCAUGUCUCGCUCAGCGACAAGAUCAACGAGGACCAGCAGGCGAGCACAGCGGAUGUGCUAGCCUCCCCGCGCCUGCAGUGCCUGCGGCAGUCCGAGUGUAGUCCAAGGCUGAAGGCCUCGCCAAGGCGACGCAUUUCGCACACAGAUGCCGCUGGGGUGCCUGCUGCUGCGAGCGGCUCCCAGGCACAGCCACAGCCACGCACACCCACCUCCAGUCGCCGCAACAGCGAGACGACGCUGCUGCGCUUCUUCAGCGUGCAGCGCAGCAGCAGUGUGGCGCGGGACGAGGAGACAGCAACGGCAUCGGGGUCCAGCGAUCUGGCAGCACUGCGAACGCCCACGACAGCGGUGGGUGGCAGCGAUUAGGCGCGGGGUUACGCCCCGCCCCUGUAGUUUUAAGCGGACUUAAGUUAAGUUAUAUUUUAACGUCUAGUUGCUAGCUUGAAUCUUAUUUCGCUUCGUGGGAGAGAAUUGGCAACCAAUUCCCCCUCCGGCACUUUGUACAGAGAAAGACUAAAAAAAACAA